AUGGACCAGUAUCAUGUGUUUAGGGUUUUCCAGCAGAACUUCAUUGUGGAUCGCCGGUUCCAACUGAUCAAAGGUCUGGGGCAAGGAGCCUAUGGGAUAGUUUGUUCUGCGAAAUAUAUUGAAGCCAACGACGAAGGAGGACAUGUCGCGAUCAAAAAGGUCACCAACAUUUUCAGUAAGAAGAUCCUUUGCAAGCGGGCGUUGCGAGAAAUCAAAUUGCUUCGCCAUUUCAGAGGCCACAAGAACAUCACCUGUUUGUAUGAUCUGGACAUUGUUCCGGACUCCAACGGAAACUUCAACGAGAUUUACUUAUACGAGGAAUUGAUGGAAUGCGAUAUGCACCAAAUCAUCCGGUCCAACCAGCCGUUGACCGAUUCCCAUUACCAAUCGUUCGUGUACCAGAUUCUUUGCGGUCUCAAGUACAUCCAUUCGGCAGACGUUUUGCACAGAGACCUCAAACCGGGGAACUUACUGGUUAAUGCCGAUUGUGAGCUCAAGAUCUGCGACUUCGGUCUGGCCAGAGGGUAUUCGAACGACCCAGAGAAAAACCAGGGCUUUUUGACAGAGUACGUUGCUACUAGAUGGUACCGUGCUCCAGAAAUCAUUUUGAGCUUCCAAGGUUACACAAAGGCCAUCGACAUGUGGUCUGUUGGAUGUAUAUUGGCCGAGCUGCUUGGAGGAUCCACCAUCUUCAAAGGAAAGGACUAUGUGGACCAAUUGAACGAGAUCCUCAAAAUCAUUGGAACUCCAAACGAACAGACCAUGCAGAGCAUCAAGUCCUCCAGAGCCCAGGCCUAUGUGCGCUCGUUGCCUUACAUGCCCAAGGUGCCCUUCGAGACGGUUUAUCCGCACGCCAAUCCGCUAGCAAUCGAUUUGCUCAAUAGAAUGUUGACUCUCAACCCGCAGGAUAGAAUCACCGUGGAAGAGGCCCUGGAACACCCAUACCUGGAGGUGUGGCACGACCCGAACGACGAGCCCGAGUGUGCCACCAAGUUCGACUUCUCGUUCGAGGAGAUCGAUGACAUUAACGAUAUGAAACAGAUGAUUAUCGACGAAACACGCUCGUUUAGAGAAUACGUUAGAAAACCACUGGAAGAACAAACCAUUGUCAGCGAACAGUUUGGCGGCGGCCAGAUCAACUACGAGAUCGACCAGCAACAGCAACAGCAACAGCCCCAACUGAGAACGCCGUUCGAGGGAGAAAUGGCCGAUUACGAGCUGCCCCCAAAGCCCCAGGAAAUGAUGUACGACGAGAACGUGGAUCUGGAAAGAGAACUGGCCUACGGACUAGACCGCUACAACUUCCAAUACCAUUGA